AAAUCCUCUUCUCAGAAAUAGUGGGAGGCUAUGGGUUUCCGUCGGAUGCUUAUGCAACUCACUUGGGUUGGUGUAAUAUUAUCAGGAAUGGCAGCCGCCGGAGUAGUAGCUCAAUUAGCCCGUCCUAACUGCUCCGACCGAUGUGGAGAUGUAGAAAUUCCAUUUCCAUUUGGCAUAACUGAUGGUUGUUACCUAAAUGAUUAUUUUGCCCUUACUUGUAACCAGUCGUCCGGCGUAGUCCAAAGGAUAAAAAUCAUCGUCACCAACAUUUCUAUCCAAGGUCAGCUAGAGAUCUUGAUGUAUGUAGCCCAUCAGUGUUUCAAUGAGUCGGGUAUGCUUCAAUCUAAUAACAACCCUUUUCUGAAUGUCCCCGCUUACACAAUUUCUAACACCCAAAAUGUGUUAAUGGCCGUUGGCUGUGACACUUACGCAUUCCUUAAUGGUUUCCAGAACAAUGACCCCUUCCACAUGGGCUGCAUGUCCACGUGUGUAAACAUUACCAAUAUUGUCAAUCAGUCUUGCUCUGGGAUUGGGUGUUGCCAGGUAGAUAUUCCACCAGGAUUGAAAAUGUUCACUUUGCAAGCAAAAAGCUUUCAUAAUCACACAGGAAUAUUGAGCUUCAAUCCAUGCAGCUAUGCUUUUGUUGUUAGAAAAGACCAGUUCAGUUUCUCCUCCGAUUAUCUUUACACUCUAAAAGACACUGAAACAUUUCCGAUGGUUCUUGACUGGGCGGUCGGUAAUGAAACAUGUGAAUUUGCUCAGAGCAAGUCCAACUACGUAUGUGGAGGGAACAGCACAUGUUAUGAUCCCGACAACGGGUAUGGGUACCGUUGCAAGUGCAAAGACGGUUACAAUGGAAACCCAUACCUCCAACUUGGGUGCCAAGAUAUUAAUGAGUGCGAUUCAAUUAACGCCUGCGCUGCUAAUGCAAAGUGCACCAACUCUCCUGGGUCUUUCAGUUGUUCUUGUAACGAAGGGUACGAAGGCGAUGGGAGAAACAUAACAGUUUGCAGUCCAGUCAACCAAUCUAGGGGCUCAAAUUACGUUUUAAAAACUGCACUGGUUAUUAGCAUAACCCUCUUAGUACUAUUCGCGGGAGGUUCCUGGAUAUAUUGGGGACUGAAAAGAAGAAAGCUCAUGCAGCUCAAAGAGAAAUUCUUCCAACAAAAUGGUGGUUUAAUGUUACAACAUCAACUCUUGAGUCACAAAGGGUCCAUGGAGACAACUACAAUCUUUAGCAUAGAAGACCUUGAAAAGGCCACCAAUAACUACGAUCAAAGUAGAGUCAUUGGCCAAGGAGGCUAUGGAACUGUUUACAAAGGAGUUUUACCAAAUAACAAAGUGGUUGCAAUUAAGAAGUCCAAAAUUUGUGAUCAAAGUCAGGUUGAGCAAUUCAUAAACGAGGUGACUGUGCUUACCCAAAUUAACCAUAGAAAUGUGGUCAAGCUAUUAGGUUGUUGUCUAGAAACAGAAGUGCCAUUACUAGUUUAUGAAUUCAUAACAAAUGGUACUCUUUUUGAUCACAUCCAUGAUAGAAGCCUAUCAUCCUCACUCUCAUGGGAAAGGCGUUUGAAGAUAGCAGCAGAAACUGCAGGAGCACUUGCAUACUUACAUUCUGCAACCUCUAUGCCAGUUAUACACAGAGAUGUUAAAACAACAAAUAUACUUUUAGAUGAUAACUACAUGGCAAAAGUAUCUGACUUUGGAGCUUCAAGGCUUGUCCCUCUUGAUUGCACACAAUUAACAACUUUGGUGCAAGGAACUUUUGGAUACUUGGAUCCAGAAUACUUCCAUACUAGCCAACUAACAGAAAAAAGUGAUGUCUAUAGCUUUGGCGUUGUUAUGGCAGAGCUACUGACAGGUGAGAGGGCACUUUCUUUCAAUAGGCUUGAAAGUGAUAGAAAUCUAGCAAUGUACUUUGUUUCCACAAUAAAAGAGAAUCGCCUACUUCAAAUUCUCGAGGAUGACAUUAUCAAUGAGGCUAAUACUGAGCAACUAAAGGAAGUUGCAAAUCUUGCAAAAAGAUGCUCAAGGGUAAGAGGGGAGGAUAGGCCUACUAUGAAGGAAGUGGCAAUGGAGCUAGAAGGAUUGAGAAUUAUGGAGAAGCAUCCAUGGGGAAAGGCUGAUCUCUAUACAGAAGAGGACGAGUACUUGCUUAAUGCACCUGCACACCCUUUCAACAUUGAUGUUGACAAUGGUGGUUCUUCCAAUAGAACUGUCCGAUAUGAAAGCAUGAGAAAACAAGUAUUGGAACCACUAGAUGAUGGCAGAUAAGUUACUCCAUGUGGUAAAUAUAUUUGAAUCAACUGAUGAAAUCAAUUAUUGAUGUAUCAAUUGUU